AUGGACUCGAACAAGCCAAAACAAAGUCCCAAUGUUCUUUUACCAAUGCGUAAUAAACAAUCAUCGCAAAAUGAAGGCAACCAAGGAAAUACGUCUGACGCACCUCCAAUAGAUACACAUCACUUUUCAACAGCUACUUCACUAAAUCCGAACUACACUAAUUCUAAUAUUCCUAAUGUACAGUCAUAUGGUCACCCAUCACCGCCACCCAGGCUCUCAGAGGUCACUCACAACCCUCCGCAACCUACCAGGAACAAGUUAUUAAACACACAACCUACAACAUUUCAACAGACGGUUAAUGAAACUAGUGAUAAUUUUCAGAGUAAUGCUUUAACUAGUAAUUUUAUGACUGAUCAAAUGACUAAGAGUAAUGUGCAGACUAAUUCCGUAACAUCUCCUGGUCUGAGGCGCCGCGAAGAAUAUGAUAGUGAGUUUAGUUUUGAAAAUAUGGCAUCGGACACGUCCUCGUCUAUUUUAGGUGACAUUCUGGGGAAGAAUUACGUUGAUACCGAACUGGAACGUCACUUGUUCACCUACACCCCGUUCACGCCGACCCGUAUUAGCCAAAGCAGUGUACCACGCCCCCAACCCCUUUCCUACAACCGCGAGUCGGAGAUGCUGUACGAGACAGGCAAGAACUUUGGACUCAUUCCAACCUUCGGAAACCAUAGGAUAAUGGACACAGGCUCAGCUAGUCCCAUCUACGUCACGCCAACAUUCACGAACCUGCCGAUUUUCGGGAGCACCUUGUCCGACAUGAGACUUCCAUUUGGAGUUCUAGUUCAGCCAUUCGCACAGAAUCUGGACGAAGAUGUGCCUGAACUUAACUUUUUGGCAUUUAUGGAAAAACGCUCAAGUGUAAAGAGAGAUCUUAUAAGGUGCAAAAACUGCCAUGCAUACUAUAACUCGUUUAUGCAUACGAACUCGCGAACUAAGACGAGAGUUUGUAACCUUUGUUACACAGCAUUUGAAAUAACAGAUGAGCAGAUGGAAGCCCUUUAUAGAAUAAGCUCACAAUACAGAGAUGAAUCACCACUUAAAAAAGGCACCUUAGACUUUAUAGCACCAUCUCACUACUAUAAUAAGGAGCCUGAUCCUGGACCUAUAUCGAACCUUAUUAAUAAGGCUAGUAACAUUGGAGUGUUUAAAACACAACAAACGAGACAAGAAUCAUUCAUUUAUGAUACAUAUUCAGUUUCUCCAAUACCAGUGGAAAGUGCACCUCAGCCAGAUGCUUACACAUCAGGUGUCCAAGAUUCAUAUAACUUGAAUGAUAACGAAUCGCCUAAUUUUAGGGUCACUAAUACUCCUGAAGAGACAACUCCCUCACAAAAGGAACAGAAAACCAUACCAAAAGUGCCAACAUACGCUUUCAUCAUCGAGACCACAUCACAGGCGAAUAAACUAAAUUUGAGAGAAUCGGUAAUAAGAUCAGUGAUGAAUGGAAUAGAUUUGAUAACAGAUGAGGAGUUCGAUUUGUGUGUUUUCAUAUUUGACAGCGCAUUUUAUAUGUUUCAGAUGGGAGCUGGAUCUGAAUUUUCAGUUAACGUGGUGAGUGAGGUGGAUGAGAAUUUUAAGCCAUGUACAAUAUCUGAUGUAUGUGUCAGGGUUACCAGAGAGACAGUGAACUGGGUUAAGAAGGAGUAUUUGGAAAGGAUCUUGGGAGUACAAACGCUUAGAAUCGCACCAAAUUCGUGCGGAAACUUUGCCCUAAACUGCGUCCUGAGAGUAAUGAGCAGCGAUAACCGCUACGGAACAUUGUCGAUUUUCUACAUGACGCAGCCAGAUAUUGGACUCGGCACUGACCCUCAGACUUUUCCAAAUUCUAAUUUCACACUGACUGACAUACAAAGGUAUUUCUAUGACUCGCUUCUCAGAAUGUGCUACUCAGCUGGGAUAUGUGUUGACGUUUACCUGUGUCCGCCUGAGACUAGGAUACCCGGUGACAUUCCACUUCAGUACAUAUCACAGCAGACGGGAGGAAACUGCACAUACAUGCCCAGGUUCUCGAGCGAGUUCGACUACUCUAACAUAUACGCAAACAUUGUAAGGUUGUUCACAGUGCCGGCAGCUUACAAGUGCGAGCUUAAGCUGCGGUGUUCGAAGCAUAUUAAGGUAACUGAGCUUUUGUGCGGGUUCAAUAACUCACGUGCAGUUUCUAACCUCUCAACUAUGAUAGUCCCAAGGAUUGGACCUGACUUGUCAAUAGGGUUUAUACUAUCCUUGAACCACAUGGUUGACAACAGGACAAGCCUAUACAUCCAAUGUGCAUGUUUGUACACAAAUACGAGGGGAGUCCAGAUGGUCAGAGUACACACCCACUGCAUCAAAGUGAUUUCUAGUGUAAACGAGGUUUUCAAGAAUGCAAACCCCGAAGCUAUCAUGAACUUAAUGUCAAGAAAACUUGCGCAUGGAUAUAUAAAAUCAGGGAAAUAUAACAGAGAAGAACACAUUAAGACAUUGGUUGAAGCUCUUACCUCCUAUAGACAAAUUUGUGCACCGUCAACACCAAAAAAUCAACUCAUUCUCCCAGAUAACCUCAAGUUCAUACCAGCACAUCUUAACUCGUUCUUGAAAUAUAAUGUUAAGGCCGAUAUUGGAAUAGAAUGUGCGUUUGAGUUUGUGAUCAAGUUGUUGAGGACACUAAACGCCUCGCCGCAAAUGACUUUUUUCACGUACACUAGAACAUAUUGUCUGCACAGAAGCAUUAAUGAGAGGGGAGACGUAGUACCUGAGGGAGGUUUUAAGUUCAGUCUCUCGGCAGUUCCAAGCUCAGGAUCAUUCAUUUACAGUGACGGCAUCUACCUGAUGGACGAUGGCUACAGACUCUUACUCUUCGUUGGACCACACGUUAAGGAAAAAGUUCUGAAGGAGUUGUUUGGACCAGACUACGAACGCCCACAUGGAAACGUAAACUCAACUCAACUCAUAGAUACCAAUACCGCAACCAACCUCAUGGGUCUGGUUGAGCACGUGAGAUCACAACACAAGGGGUGCCCUUACGCGCCUCUCAAAAUCAUCCCAUACACUGCAAAGAACAGCAAGAUUAUAAAAACAUUACUGCUCGAGGAUGAACUCGGAGAAGAACCUUCGUAUAUCACAUUUCUAGUGUCCAUACAUAAAUCUAUACUAGAAUCUGUGGACAGACUCUAUUAA